AUGGUAACAGAAUUUAAACAAAUUGGCGCAGGAUUAGCAACUAUCGCAUUAUCAGGAGUAGGUGUAGGAAUUGGAAUUAUUUUUGGAAAUUUAUUAGAUUCAGUAUCAAGAAAUCCUAGUAUUGCUAGAUUAUUAUUUAAUUAUGCUAUUUUAGGUUUCGCUUUAACUGAGGCUAUCGCACUUUUCACAAUUAUGAUUGUUUUUUUAUUAAUGGCAUAG